ACCUUUAGCUUCUCUGACAAGUAGAUUGGGUUAGUUGAUCUUUAAACUCCUUCCAGUGCUACAAUCCUUUGAUUUCCAAUUAUGAGCCUCGAGGGAGGUUCGCGACUCCAGGCUUCGUGGGAUGUCUACAGGACCGGCAACACUCACCAACUCGUGGAGUAGUGGCAGCUAUUCUACAUGUACUACAACUCCCCAGACCAGUGGCCCGGCACGUUGGGCUUUUAAGGCCGAAGCGCAGAAGGAAAUCUGACGACCUUAGGAGGAAACCCAGUUUCCCCGGCUGGGCUCAAAACUUGUAAAAUACCUUCGUCGAGUCUACGGUUUUCUUCAGGACUACAACUCCCAGCAGGCCAUCUCGGAGUCCAAAGCUUAUUGGCGGCCCCUCUCGAGUUUCUUGCGGCGUGGCAGCUAAUAUAACCAAUGGGAAAGAAAGAUAGUUCUCAGAACCCAAUCCUGGAAAGGUAGGGGCUCGGAGAUGGGCAGUGAGAAGGAGCAGGAUCCAGAGCAGCACCUGCCUGAGGAAGGGGAGCGGGGUAAGCCUUGGAGAGUGGAUGACUCGGAGGGCUUUCGGAUCCCAGCUGGGGAGAAAGCGCAUGGGCCAGAGAGCCAGUCGGUGGGGCCGCAAGGGCUCCAUCCAAAACGGCCAUGGCAGAAAGUCACUGUACCCACUGGAAAGCCAGGGGACCCCAUUGUUCAGCCAAGGCCUGAGGCCGAGGAGAAGCCCUUUGUAUGUGCCCAGUGUGGCAAAACCUUCAAUAAUACCUCCAACCUGAGAACGCACCAGCGGAUCCACACGGGUGAGAAACCUUACAAAUGUUCUGAAUGUGGCAAGAGCUUCUCGAGAAGCUCCAACCGCAUCCGGCACGAGCGGAUCCACCUGGAAGAGAAGCACUACAAAUGCCCCAAGUGUCAGGAGAGCUUCCGGAGGCGCUCGGACCUCACCACGCACCAGCAAGAUCACCUGGGCAAGCGGCCGUACCGCUGUGACAUCUGUGGUAAGAGCUUCAGCCAGAGCGCCACGCUGGCCGUGCAUCACCGGACCCAUCUCGAGCCCGCGCCCUACAUCUGUUGUGAGUGCGGGAAGAGCUUCAGCAACAGCUCCAGCUUCGGGGUGCACCACCGCACCCACACAGGCGAGAGGCCUUACGAGUGCGCCGAGUGUGGGCGGACCUUCAGCGAUAUCUCCAACUUUGGAGCCCACCAGAGGACCCACAGAGGGGAGAAGCCCUACCGGUGCACCCUGUGCGGGAAACACUUCUCCCGGAGCUCCAACCUCAUCCGCCACCAGAAAACGCACGUGGGAGAGCAGGCCGGGAAAGAGUCCACCUGAAGGAGAGUGAGGGGGGAGAGAGAGAGACCCUCUAGGAGCAUAGAAAGAUCUUUAGGAUCUGCUGCUGCCUCCUUGACCUCAACCCCUUCACCCCACUUUGGAGGAUGGUUUCCCGAUGCCUCUGAAGCCAGGAUCUGCAGGAUGCCUUGAGAAGGGACUCGAAUAAAAAUCCUUGCCCCCUUCCAAUUCGGUUUCUUGCCUUGGAAAGUCAGAAGAUCUGGUCUUGGCUUCGUCUCCUUGGGGUGAAAGAGAAAUAGCAUAGGUUUAGUACAUGCUCAUUUCAUUAGGGCCACCGUCCCUGGCCUUUGAGGAAGUACCUACUCCAUGGGCAUCUCUGUCUGAAGAUCCUCCAAACCGUGUACGAACUGCUUAGGACACAGUGCAGUGGCCUGCUAGCUCCCAUCUGCUGCACCCCCGCUGGUCUGUGGGGAGCACUCCGCCCAAUGGAAGGGGCCUUCUUGGCCUGGAGGAGAGGCCUGAGGUCCUGCCUUAGAGGUGAAAGGGCAGCCGCCAGGGAGCUGUGACCCAGGGACCUUCACACUGCCCCCUGUGUGUGACUUGUUAUCCCCACCCAACCUGCCUCUGUUCCCCGAGUGAUGAGCAGUAAAACCCUUCAAUGCAAA